AACACAUUUAAAGUUUUAUGCUAGUUUUAUAUACGACAUUUUGUGUUUUGUAAAAUAUAAUUUUUUUUCAAUUGCGCUUAUUUUUUCUCUGUUUAUGAUUUUUAAGUAUUAAAUUUAAAAUUCCAGAAUCUAUUCAUUUUUAACACGAGAUGAAUUUCAAUUGUUUGAUAAAUUCCCUUUUGUUGAAAUUUCUUGUCUUUCACUGUUUAAUUUAUCAAGUGGUGUUUGGGGAACUAAGUUACAAUGAAUACUUGAAGGAAAAUAAAGGUUUUGCAUUAAGUGAAUUAAAUUCAACGAUAAGUGAAAGUGGCGAAAGAACUCCUUGGUUUUUGAAUGUACCUUUAUUGCCAGUAAUUGUUGCAACUUCGAAUUCAAUUCCCGAAGGUUCUUGUAAAAAUCAAUUACUAUUGUAUCUUAAUCAUUUGAAGAAUGGCACUUUGUGGGCUACUGAGAUGUUUGAUUCGUCAGCCAAAGUUCCCUAUGGUGUGUUCAACGGUUUCACUGUACAUUUGGGAAGUUUCGAUCAAUGUGAACGAAUUAAUGCAAAAGUAGUAGAUGCUAACAGUGGAAAAAUUGAGGAAAUUCGCAGUAAAUAUUGUCUGGUGGAUGUGAAAUUUAAAGAAAAGAAUGAGCCAACGGAUUUUAGUGGAGAUUACAAAUUAAUGUUUGAUCCUCAAGAUUCUGCUUGGGAAGCAAUUCGGGAAAAGGGCGAUUUUCGACGAUGGCCAAGGUACCAUUGGCAAAUGGCUCUUUGUUUUCCUGCGCAAUGUCAACUAGAGGACAUUGAGGCAGCCCUAAGAGAACCCCUUGAUAAAUUUGAAGAAAAUUAUUCUGUUAAAGUCACAGCAUCAAUUUCUCCAUUAUACUGCUCUUCUCCUGUUUCAAGAGAAGCUCCCUUUUCCAAUUACGAAAUCAUUUUUUGUUUAACAUUCCUUUCAAUAAUUAUUAUUGUCGGACUAAGUACAAUAGUUGACAUGAAAUCUGAUAAAAAGCAGCAACUCUCUUUACAAAAACAAUUAUUAUACUGCUUUUCAGCUCGUAAGAAUUUUAAUGAAAUUUUUAAUGUUAAUAAUGAACAUCGUGGACUGGAUACUAUUCAUUUUGUUCGUGUGUUUAUUAGCGGAAUUUUAAUGUCCGCUCAUCGACAACUUCAAUUUAUGUUCUCGGGAAGUAUGAACGGACUGUUUGCUGAACGGGUUCAAACUGAUCCAAUUUACUCGUUUAUUCAUAAUGUUCCCGCCGCGUCAGAUGGAAUGUUCAGUUUGGGUGGUCUUUUACUUUCCUACUCAUUGCUGAAGAAAUGGAAUGAAUCGGGAAAAUUAAAUUACACUGAUUUGGUUAUAACUCGAUUAGUAAGAUUAUUACCACUUUUCAUGUUUGUAACCUUUGGAUAUGCAACUGUAUUUUAUCGAUUGGGUUCGGGACCGUUUUGGGAGGUUACAGUGGGAUUUAACAAAGAGUCAUGUUCUUCUUACUGGUGGACGAAUUUAUUUUUCAUUAAUAAUUAUUUCGGUGGUACCAAUAAAUGCAUUCUUCAGUCUUGGUAUUUAGCUGUUGAUUUUCAAUGUUGGAUAAUUGGAUUAUUCUUGAUUACUGCAUUUUGUAAAAUGCCUCGUAAAAUUGGUUACACAUUUUUUAGUAGCAUUUUGAUUUUUUCAACCGCACUAACUUUUUACAUUAUGUACAAAAAUGAUGUUGAUCCGAUUUUUAAAUCUUUAGCAAUUCCAAACAGACCAGAAACGAGUGAUUUUUUUCUGAAUUAUUACUCUAAAACUGAAUUACGUUUUACUUCUUAUUCCGUUGGAUUAAUUUUCGGAGCGAUUAUUUAUGACUCGAAGAGAGCUAAUUGGCGUCUUUCAAAGACAGUGUCGCAAUUUUUAUAUCUCAGUGCAUUUCUGCUAACUUGGUUUGCAGUAUCAUGUGGACUUUUUUUUACGACUCCAAAUUUGAAAAUGAGUGCUUUGGCCAAAGGAUUGUAUGCAAGUCUAUCAAGACUAACUAUAGCAUACUCCUCAUGUGUACUACCUUUAGUCUUCACAAUUGGAAAUGGUUUAGAUUUUUAUUACAAGAUAAUGACAGCAAGCUGGUUUCAGCGAUUAUCACGAAUAUCUUAUUCAAUAUAUAUCACUCAGUUCAUAAUGUUUCUUUAUGAAUUUGGAUCCUCAAAAUCAUCAUACGAUAUUUCCUUCUACAUUCUAUUUAAGUGCAUUGCAGGAGAUGCAGUGUAUACAGUGUGUCUAGGUUUUUUCUUUGCCAUUUUAAUAGAGUAUCCAUUUAAAAAUGUUGGUAAUUUGAUUUUAAAAAGGAAGACGAAAAAUUCAGCAACUAUUCAAAAAAAGGAGAAAUGAAUACGAAUUAAUUAUGUCCUCUUAAUUUUUAUUAUCAUAAAAUCUGUAUAUUCGCAUAAAAAUGAAAUAUUACUCCAGCUAUUAAAAGCAAU